CGAGAGGGUCGAUUUUUAAAAAAGGUAAGUGUCGGCGGCCAUGACAGUGGGGAUCCUUCGACGUGACGCCAGCGACGUAACCAACGGUCCUAAUGGGGCGGGGCUCAUAAACAGAGAAAUCUAAAUAAAGGAUCGUGCAGAAAUUUACCCGAAAGUUGCUCACGUUUUCCUCCACCAGCAAGAGGUUAAUCUCGUGUGAUGCCGAUACGCCGAGUACCAGCGACUCCGACCCCGGAGAAGGCCCCUUCCGCUGCAGCAGAGAAAGAGCCAGAGGAAGCGUCCUCAGAGGAGUCGCCCGCCGCCGAAGAGGAGCCGGCCGCACCCUCAGCGGCGCCGGCCGACGGCGAGGAUGGCGAAGCCACGGCCGAGACGGAGCCCACGGAGAACGGGGACAAGGCCGAAGACCCCGCCGAGGAGAAAGUAGAAGAAGGGACGGAAAAGAAAGAGGACAAAUGCAAGGACUGCGCGGCUGGACAGUGUGCAACACACUGCUAUGUUCUCCUACCAAGGUUGAAGGACGGCUACAAGUUCGUGAAAGCCAAAUCCAAGAAGGUGAAACGAGCGAUUCCCGCGUGGGCGAGCGUCGCCGCCGGCAAAAAGCUCCCCGUUGCCAACUUUGCAGGCACUCAGCACAAAGUGGAUAAUAUUCUCAUCGAAGCUAUUACGUCUUAUAAUGACAAGUCUGGAGUUUCUUACCAGUCCUUCAUGAAAUAUAUUCUGAAAAAAUACCCGGAGAUGGAGCUCGGCAAGAAGAAGUUUCUCCUCAAGAAAGCAAUGAAGAAACAUUUGGAGAAGGGGACCAUCAAACAGCUGAAGGGCAAAGGCCUUUCGGGGACCUUCGCCAUCGGGAAGCAGUCCGCCUCUAGUAAGAAAGCAGCUGUGAAGGCUGAGGCUCUGGGAGACGCUCUUCCCCUCAUCAUCACUCGGCUCUGUGAGCCCAAAGAGGCCUCUUACUACCUGAUAAGGAAAUACCUGGAGCAGCACUUCCCCAGCCUAAACAUCCAAAACAGGCCAGAUGUACUGAAGUCCGCCCUGGUGAAGGCAGUCGAGCGAGGACAUCUGGAGCAAAUCACCGGGAAAGGAGCCAACGGUACUUUCCAGCUGAAGCGUACCGGUAACCAAGUCCUGCUGAAGGGCAGCAACUUGGAGGACGCCAUCACGACCGCCAUCACCGCCAUGAACGAACCGAAAACCUGCAGCACGACCAUUCUGCGCCGAUACCUGGUGGACGCAAACAAGGACAGGAAGGAGUACCAAUUAUUGGCCAGUCUGAGGAGGACCCUGACGAAGUGUAAAGUACUCGGCUGGAUGGAGCAGAUCACCGGUCACGGCUUCACCGGGACCUACCAGCUCUCGUUCCCCUUCUACCCGAGCCCGACCAUCCUGUACCCAGAAAAGUUCAACGACCUUACAAAGAAAACCCCGCCGCCCAAGCAGAGGCGGAAGGCUGACUCUUCUGACGAGGAGGAUGACGAAGAAGAGGAGGAGGAGGAGGAAGAAGAAGAGGAAGAAGAGUCUGAGGACGAAGCUCCCUCUCGGAGAAAAUCCCAAAAGAGGCCUCCACCCAAGGUUCGCCGCCCCCCUCCAGCCAAGAAGUCCCGCAGCUCUAGUCAGUCGAAAGCUAAAGGCAGGGGCCGAACCCCCGUGAAGAAGUCUCCGGCCAAGAAGGCGGCGUCUCCGGCAAAGCGAGGGGGCAGGAAGUCAUCGGCCUCUAAGAAGGAAUCCACGGCGCCGCCAAAAGCCACGCCCGUCAAGAGGGGAGCUCCCGCGAAGAAACCCAAAACGCCGGCGGUUAAGAAGCUGGCCAAAAGGGGGGCCAAGCGACCGGUGUCCAGAGAUUCGUCCCCAGACGAGGAGGAGGAAGAGGAGGAGGAGGAGGUCCCGGUCCUGAAGGAGACGACGAGGAGCGGGUCCAAGCGGUCCAAGCCCGAGGACUCGCCCGCCAAGGAGCCCGUGGUCAAAAGGGCGGCGGCGACCAGAGGCGGCUCCAAGAGCCCGGCGGCCAAAGUGACAUCCCCGGAGAAACCUGCAGUCAAAAAGGGGGGCGCGAAGAGCGGCAAGAAGUCCACCCGCAGGUCCAAGAGGGGGAAAUACUGAGCCCACGAGAGCCUCCACAAACUGGGCCGCUUCAAUGCUCUCUCUCUCUCUCUCUCUCUCUCUCUCUCUCUCUCUCUCUCUCUCUCUCUCUCUCUCUCUCACGUUUUCUCCCUUUUUAACGGGGCAGGUUUCUUUUUUUUUCCUUUUUUAAAAAUUUUUUAUUUCUACUGUAGAUUUAAGAAUGUUAUCCUUCCAAGUUUUACUGUACACUGAACGUUUUUUUUUUGGAGUUCCUUUUUUUUUUUUUUUUUUAAAUCACCAUGUGUAGAAAAGCUCAGUUAGAUUUUGCCGUGCGAUCGGAAGCGGAGCGAGAGCCUUGUAGUGACUUUGUUUUUAUAUCCGUUCCACACUCUUUAGUCGUCGGCAGCGCGCCUUCCUAAUGUCACAUGAAGUGAGAUAUCGGCGAAGUCCAUUUUAAUUUUUAGAUAUGGGUGGAGAAACGUUCCGAAUAUUUUAUUAAAAAAAAAAAAAAGACAGAUUUUAAGGUUCUCCUGUAUCGUGGGACAAAACAUUAUUUUUGGACCGUGCAGUGCUGCACAAUAAUUUGAAUUUGUAUCCAUCCGUUAAAUUAUAUUAUUAUUUACAAUGAUUUGAUAUUUGUUUUAUUUAAAAACGACAAAAAAAAAAGCCCCAUGAAAAGAUUUGGCUUGCAGGUGAUGGAUUGUGGGACUGAACAGAGAGGAAAAAAACGCACUGUUGGUUUUAAUUUCAAACACUUUAGGGGAAAGAAAUGUGUCUCUUGAUACGUGUCCGUAACAAGCUUAUACAUAAAUUGAUUUUAUUGCUUUACAGCUGUGAUUCAGUACCAAACCGUAAGAUGUGUUUGUUAAUAAGAAAAAGGAGAAUAUUGGCUCAUACAUACCCUGCAUGCAUGUAUUCCUUGUGUUAAGCUUUUUUUCCAAGUCAUUAAUAAAAUGGCUAUAUUUGUAAA